AUCACACAGGUCUCGUGCGCGUAAUGGCGCGCUCCUUCCGCGCAAUUGGUUACCGUGAAAUCUCCUCGAGCGCGUCACGGCGACGUUUAAAGCACCUCGCGAGCGCGCUUUCGGUCUUCAUUCACUCACCUGCCUCGCGAUGGUGUAACACUGACACACGGCAUGGCGGCGGCCACCGUCACUUCCAGCUGCCGCGACUGUUCCACGUCCAAUUCCACUGCGAGCUCCGCGCACCUGCGCCUCGACGAGGACGACGAACUUUUGCACUACAUUUGGAGUGAAUAUUUACAUCCGAAGCAGUAUGAAUGGGUCUUAAUAGUAGGAUACGUCAUUGUGUUCCUGUGCUCGCUGGUCGGAAACGCUUUAGUUUGUUUUGCAGUGUGGAAAAACCAUCAUAUGCGCACAGUGACCAACUACUUCAUUGUGAACCUGUCCUUUGCUGAUAUCCUGGUCACCAUUACUUGCCUUCCCGCCAGUCUCGUAGUGGACAUCACAGAAACAUGGUUCUUCGGAGAGACACUCUGUCGGAUUUUACCUUAUUUACAGACGAUCUCUGUGUCUGUAUCAGUGCUGACCCUCAGUUGCAUUGCCCAGGAUCGGUGGUAUGCAAUCUGCCACCCUCUAAAGUUCAAGAGCACUGCGAAGCGAGCCCGCAGGAGCAUCAUCCUCAUCUGGUUGGUGUCUUGCGUGAUCAUGAUUCCUCAGGCUGUUGUUAUGGAGUGUACCAGCCUUCUGCCUGAGCUGCUUCCUGAGCUCACCAACAAGACGGUCCUCUUUACCGUGUGUGACGAACACUGGGGAGAUGAAAUCUACCCCAAGGUCUACCACACCUGCUUCUUUAUUGUUACCUAUUUUGCCCCUUUGUGCCUGAUGGUCCUGGCAUAUAUCCAAAUCUGUCAGAAACUCUGGUGUCAGCAGAUUCCAGGGACUUCGUCAGUAGUGCAGAGAAAGUGGAAAUCCCUGCAGUGUUCAGCUCAGGCUGCGGGCCCUGGUGAGUCGGUCAAGAUCCGGACCAGCGCGGUGUCGGCUGAGAUCAAGCAAAUGAAAUCUCGACGGAAAACAGCACGCAUGCUGAUGGUAGUGCUCUUCGUCUUUGCCAUCUGUUAUCUGCCCAUCAGCAUCCUUAAUAUCAUGAAAAGAGUGUUUGGUGCUUUCAAGAACACAAAUAACAGAGAGACGGUGUAUGCCUGGUUCACCUUUUCCCACUGGCUUAUAUACGCUAACAGUGCAGCCAAUCCCAUCAUCUACAAUUUCCUCAGCGGUAAAUUUCGCGAGGAGUUUAAAGCAGCCUUUACCUGCCACUAUACAGGUCGAGGGGAAAAGAAGGAGAGGGUGAGGACCAAGAUGAGCACCGACAGUCAUAAAUCCCUGUCCACGCAAGUGAGUCAUUUUGACAAUGUCUCACGAAUCUCAGACCAGGUCAUGUAGCACGGAUCUGCAAGGGUUGGUCUUCACAGCAUUCCACUUCAUCACUGGUUUAUAGGACAAAGCAAAGACAGGCUCAGACUUACUCGAUUGAUAUGCACCGAAGGUUUCAACGGAGGCUUCAGAUUAACACCCACACAGAUGGAAAAUGACAUUCUGCCUCGAAUAGGAGACCAAGAAACCACCGAAUUAUGUUUACUUUUACUUCCAUUUAUUAUUUUUCUCCAUGAUUAUAACUUUCAUACAGAAAGCACAGCACAAUCUGGUGAGGGAUUCAUACUUUUCACAUGCCAUUUUGUUUAUAUCUCAUGAAGAGAGUUGCUAAAAAUUCAAUAGUGUAUAUUUGCCGUUGUACAGUAUUACCUGCCGUAUAGCACAGGAGCAGCAUGUCUGUACUGUGAAUGAAUUUGCAAAAAACAUUCUGAUCAGCAGUCCCAUUCCUUGAGAGUAAUAAAAAAAAUUGUCACAUAAAUGAAUAAAAUAAUAUGAAAACUCUCAAAUAACCUUAUUUUGUUUCAUAGAGAUUGCUCUCUGCAUUAUGUGCGGUGGUUUUUACGUAUUUGCACAAGCUUGUAUUAUUCAUUUUUUUACCCUGUCUCGCUUGCUUAUUAUGUGGAGAGAUAUAUUUGCACCAGAUAAUAGCUAUUUGCCUGAGGCACAUGUAGGGAUCAGAGGGCAAUCAGAGAAAAACUAGUGGCAGAUUUGAGGAUCUUUGUUCUGCUUUGGUGGACCUCUUAAUUAUGAACGCUUUUAAAUGGCAGGGCGUUCAAUUGCUUUCGUAAUAGUGCUUUGUUGUUAGAACUUCUUUCAUGUGCUUGUUGAGUUCUUGCUGCUAACCUUAACGUAAUUACCUUAACGUAAACGCAUUCAUGCGGUACGUCAACGGCAAACAAAAUAAAGAUACUUUGUUGU